AUUACUCUUUUAUAGAACAAAAUUCUUUUAUAUCAGGGAUUAUAAUUUCAAGUCACAAACGAUAAGAUAUGUGACUCAUAGUUAUAUUAUAGAGAGUUAAAAUCUUAUUCUCGGCUAUUCUCAACCUCAGUAUUCAAAGAGUUUUCAAGGGGAACAGUUCGUAUUUUUUCCAAACAUCUUCUCCACAAACUUCAGUGCAAGGUUGUUGGAUACAGAGACACGAAGUAAAAUUGAAAAAUUCCAACUUGAUUAUUCAAUCAAGUGAAAUUGUAAGUCAAAGUGAGAUUAAAAUUACCCUGAUUAAUCAAUUUGUGAGACUUCGUGACGCAUGGAUCCACUCACAUUGCCGUGCGCCGCCCAAAGCGCGGGACCGGCAAACCAACUUAUUGGGCUCCUUAUCAACACGCUUCUUGCGGCACAGUGCGCCCUAUCGCCGCCUGAAAUGUGGCCCCAAGAUUAUGGACCUACAGCAUUGGAGAAAGGAUUUGAAGAAUAUGAUUUCAUCAUUGUGGGAGCUGGGUCAGCUGGCGCAGUGGUUGCCAAUCGAUUGAGCGAAAAUGCAAAUUGGAAAAUUCUUCUCCUUGAAGCUGGAGGUGAUCCUCCUGUAGAAUCUGAAGUUCCUGGGACUUUCAUAUUUCUGCAACAAACAAAUUUCGAUUGGAAUUACCGAGCAGAGAUAUCCAACAAAGCAAGUAAAUCAAUUGCAGAUGGAAGUUACUGGCCUCGUGGAAGAGGUUUAGGAGGUUCCAGCUCCAUUAACGCUAUGCUCUACAUUCGAGGGAAUCGUCGGGAUUUUGAUCAAUGGGAAGCAAAAGGAAACACUGGGUGGGGAUGGAAAAAUGUCCUUCAAUACUUCAAAAAAUCCGAAGCAAAUCAAAAUGAGGAAAUUGCCGACGCUGAUGGUGGGAAGUUCCAUGGAAAAAAUGGGCCCCUCAAUGUAGAAUUCUAUCCUGAUCAUGAUCCAUUGAAGCAGGUCUUUGUGGAAGCAGCUGAAGAUUUAGGAUACAAACAUUUGACGGAUUUCAAUGGAGAAGAGCACAUAGGGUUCGGGAAGGCACAAGGAACUGUGCAAGGGAGCAAAAGGGUUAGCACAGCUAAAGCUUUCCUUAAUCCAAUUAAGGAUCGUCCCAAUUUGCACAUUGUUAAAAAUGCCUAUGUCCUUAAUUUGGAAACUAAUGGAAAGGAUCAAGUGACUGGCGUUCGAGUGAAUGUAGAUGCAAAGCAAAUAAUGAUUGCCAAAGCCAAGAAGGAAGUUAUUCUAUCCGCUGGUACAGUGAAUACCCCGCAUAUUCUGAUGCAUUCAGGAAUUGGUCCAAAGUACCAUCUCAAGGAUAAUCGAAUACCGCUUAUUAAGGAUUUACCAGUUGGGAAAAAUCUUCAGGAUCAUCUCAUUGUUCCGAUUUUCUUUAGAUUCCACAAAUCAAGUGCAGCCGAAAAGACUCAAGAAGUUGUAGCCGAAUCCGUCUAUAUGUACCUCAUUCACAAGAUUGGUGUUCUCUCAAGUCUUGGAACAGUGGAUACAAUGGGCUUUGUUAACACUAAGAACGACAGUGCUUUCCCUGACAUUCAAUACUUGCACUUUUCUCUGAAGAAGAAAGCUGCAGAAAUUAAAUAUUGUUUUGGACUUUUCGGCUAUGACGGUUCAAUUGUCAAUACACUUGUACAGGCUGGUCAGGAUGCAGAACUUGUAGCAGUAUUUGUUACCUUACUUAAUCCAAAAUCAAGAGGAAGUAUUGAGCUACGAGGACCUGAACUUGAGUAUCAACCGCGAAUUAAAGCAAAUUACUUUGAUGAACAGGAAGAUGUGGAUACCAUUGUUAGAGGAAUAAAAAUCUACAUGAAAAUGCUAAACACGGAAACAUUCAAGAAUAAUGAAGCUGAAGCUUUGAAGAUUCCUCUAAAGGAGUGUGAUAAAUUGAAGUACAACACCAAUGAGUAUUGGGAAUGCUAUGCAAGACAUAUGUCUACAACUCUCUAUCAUCCUGUUGGUACUGCAAAGAUGGGUCCUGAUUCUGACGAAGAAGCCGUUGUGAAUCCUCGUCUUCAAGUUCGAGGUCUAAAAGGACUUAGGGUAAUCGAUGCCAGUAUCAUGCCUGAAAUUGUUUCGGGAAAUACAAAUGCAGCUACAAUCAUGAUUGGAGAAAAGGGUGCAGACUUAAUCAAGGAAGAUUGGAAAGAUGGUGCUAAGCAUCAGGAAUUGUAGAAAAAUUCUUGGGACAAAAUAAUUUAUAAAAAUAAAAGAAUUUCUUAUGGUUCGGUGUGAAUAAAAAAAAAACGUAUUAAAAAAUAAUUGAUUCAGCAAAAACAAA